AUGGCAGAACCGUCGCACAACCCAUAUGCUCGAUCUCCCAACCCAUCCACAAGGUCAUAUGACUCCUCUUCAGUCUCCUCUGCUACUUCACCAAGACCACCGUCCCGGUAUCUUGGUGGACUCCUCGGUGCUAGCUCGAGACCCAACGCAGCUUCGAGUCCUCAACCGCUUGGCAUGCCUGCUCUGCCACCCGUCAACCAGGGGUUCCCCUAUGGUCCGGUUAUGGGUAGGGAAUCCCUUCCAUCUGCAGAAUCUGUCAUGGCCGGGCAAGGUCCAAACCACGGCCACAUGCCUGGAACUCCUGGGGGUCAAGCGCAGAAGAGGGCUUAUCGACAGCGAAGGAAAGACCCUAGCUGCGAUGCAUGCCGUGAAAGAAAGGUAAAAUGCGAUGCAACAGAGACCACAAGUUGCUCCGAGUGCUCUAGCCGAAACGUCAAGUGCCAAUUUACCAAGGAAACCAACAGGAGAAUGUCUUCCAUCAAGCAAGUUCAGGAUUUGGAGAAGCAGAUCGAGAGAGUCAAGCGAGAGAAUUCCACCCUGCGCCGCGUCCUGGACGAGCGAGAGGGGCACAUGGAGAUUGAUUUGGAGUCUGCGGACCGACUUGCCGCUCAACUGCCGUCCAUUGGAUCGGAACCGAAACAACGAAAGCGACUCCCACCAAAUUCAGAGUUGUCGAGAGCCAGAUCUAAUGUGCGAAACUUUUCCAAAGGCAUAUGGAAGCUGCCGGCACAGCACCGCACUUCUACUGCCCCUAUUUUAGAUUGCCCUACGCCAGAAUUACCUCCGCAAGCCAUCACGGAGCGCUUGUUGCAUUCGUUCUGCAAUUCGGCUCACACAAUGUUUCCCAUUAUUCAUAUGCCGACUUUUCAGUCCAUGGUGGACGACAUGUAUAGAACACAGCAGCAGCGAGUCUCAUCUUCGUGGAUCAGUUUGUUCUUUGCUGUUCUUGCUACUGGCAGCUUAUUUAGCUCCGAGCCACCGACGACGACGACUUUCUAUCGACCAGCCGAGUUCCUCGAAUCUGCGCGCAAAGUAAUGGACCCGUGGAACAAUAGUCACGAUCUCGACAACGCAAGAGCCCUUGUGCUCAUCACUAUUUGCCUCAAUGAAAUGAACCUCAAGUCUGCCGCAUGGAACUGGCUCGGAAAUGCAGUGCGUGUCGGUCAAGAUUUGGGUCUUUAUGCUGAAUGUGGUUCUUGGUCUGUUAUUGAUGGAGAAAUGCGGCGCAGAACAUGGUGGGCCAUCUAUAUCUUGGACAGGACCAUGUCAACCGAGAUGGGCCACCCCUUCCUCAUUGACGACGCUGACUGCGAUGUUCCCCUACCAGCGGCCGUGGACGACCAUUACCUGCGUGAGGACGGUAUGCGCGUGCCUAAUGGUGCAGAACCCCUGACACACUCUCUGCUGGCCGUUAUUCAUGUUGUGCGGUCAUACACGGCCCUGGUGAAGGCGCUGGAUCAACCAGUUCUUCCUCCUUCGCAGUUAGCCAUGUUUGAUGGCCACUUCAAGAAGUGCCUUAGCACGUUCCCUCCGGCGUGUGAUCCCAACAGCUCUGUGGCCUUGGCACCACACUUUCUUGCGCCUUUGGCGUACCUCUUUCAUGCUAGGCUACUUCUUCACAGGCACAACUUGUCACCAAGCUGUCCUCCCGAGGUUCGCUUGGCCGCAGUAGAGAAUUGCACACAUGUCGCCUUAGAAACAGCCUCCCUGAUCAGCCGCACAAAAUCCCCAGCUGAUGGCGCAACAUCACUUCUCACUGCACACAUCUUCCGCUCGACAUUGUUCUUGCUUUUGACCGGCUAUCCUGAUUAUGCCAAUACGUGUAUCAGGGCCUUGGCCGCCAUCGAUGCUCGCAGAGACAUCACAAUGUCCUGCGGUAGAUUUUUAGCUUUUUUCAUUACAACUCUGGGUACGAAACGCACGGAGCAUGCAACCUACAUAUCGCGCCGAUCGUCUGUAGACCAGUCAACACCACUUACCAUGUCUCUUGCCCGCGACGAAGAGCUACUGGCAUAUGUGUCCGCCGACAUCCAGGCAUCCCCAAACAGGUCCUGGCUUUGGUCCUUCCAAGACCGAGACACAGCUCUAUCGAAGACAUCACUGGCUUCUCAGGGCCAGCCUGGCACAAACGAGAACGCCUUGUUUAGCUCCAAGCAGAGAACUGGGCUGAACGAGGAAGAGCGCAGAGAGUGGGUUGGCUGGGCUAGGUUGGAAUCAAUGGCACGAAACCUGGGAUCCGCAAAUGUUUCGUAUUCUUCGUUGCCACCACCGCAGGUGAAGAGUGAAUCGCCCGCCGCAAAUGUCGAGCUUCCUAGACUCUCCGAGACGUCCCGAUACUCUGUCGGCCACCGAGGCGAUGCCAGCCCUCCGGGACCGAAAAGAGGCGCUGAGCGCAUCAGCAUUGCGAACAUCAUCUGA